UGGGACAGAGGCACAACUCUGAAUCAAAAACAGGAGCCUAUCUUCAAGCAAAAUGUGCAGAUAGCAAUGAGCAGAUUCAACCAGACCGAAGGGAUCCACAUCCUCCAGUCAAUGCACGGCUGCAUGCUGAGUGAUGACGGCACUGUCUUGGGGUAUGAACAGAUCGGAUAUGAUGGCAGAGAUUUCAUGUAUCUGGACACACAGAGAGGGAUCUGGAUCCCGGCCAGGUAUGCAGCUGAGAUCACUACACAGAGAUGGAACAGUCCGGAGGAGAGUCAAGGAAACAAGAACAAGAAAUACCUGGAGAAUGAAUGUAUUGAGACUCUGAAGACGUUCCUCAAACUUGGG